AUGACGCGCGAAAAAGCGCUCGAAGUGCUCGAGCUCGGAUCGUCGAUCGCGGACGCGCGCGCGCGACGCGGUGAUGGGUCGACUGAGGAAGAUGGGGACGCGGCCAAAGUCAUCCGGGCGAAAUAUCGCGCGCUGUGCUUGCGUUGGCACCCGGAUAAGAAUCCGGAUGACGUGGAAAAGGCGAAGAUGAUGUUCACGGAGAUAACGUGCGCGUAUCACACGCUGACGACGGCGAACUUUGAUCACGAACGGUGGGCGCGGACGUACGAGAUACCGCCGCUGCAGCGGUUGGAGGACGUGCUCGCGUUGGCGCUGUCGGGGAUGGAUCCGUUUGAGAUCGAGGCGAUGUUGAGGGCGAGGGGAGAGUAUAGACCGCAUGUGAACUUUGGAGUGGACGUGCGCGUGCCGUGGGAGGCUGGGGAGCGGCCGGAGGCGGAUUUUAAUUGCGGGGCGUCGGCGUACUCAAAGACGCGAGCGCUGGGCGACGGCUCGGGAGCAAACGAGACGCGGCAGAUGGAGCUCGCGUGGGCGGCAAAGGCUGUAGCUGGGGCGAGUGAUGAGAGACCGUGGGAGCGAGUGGGUGGAGUUGGGUUCGACGCGUCCGUGGUCGCGCCGAAAAAGUCUUUGUCGUGGAAGGCGUCAGAUGCCGUCGCGUCGCUCUCGACGGCGGAGGAAUUGAACGACCAAGGCAUGGCGCUGUACGCAAAGAAAAAAUACGCUGACGCACUGGCGCUGUAUGUCGAAGCUGCGCGUAUGGAACCUGGGAAGAUUGCGUACCAAGGAAACACAGCGGCGGCGGCGCUUCUCUACGCGAACGAACUUCGCGAUGCGUCGCCGCAAAAGGCGGAGGUGCUUGAAAUCGCCAUUUCGGCGUGUGAAUCCGCGAUCGCGAUAGAUGAAAGUUACGUGCGAGGGUACGUACGAGGCGGGAAGGCUCUCUUGGCGCUCGGUGAUGCGACGCAGAACGUCGGGAAAUUGAAACGAGCUCGAGAGAUGCUUCACAAAGCGCUCGAGCUUGAUGCGGCAAACUCCAGCGCCAAGGCCGCGUUAAAAGAUGUAGAGAUUAGCUUGCAGUUAUUCGACAGCGAUAGCGAUUGA